AUGGCCUGUGUUGCUCUCAUCUCCCUUAUGCGAACACUUGAGUUGGAGUUCUUAGAGCCCCAUCCACGUGUGGUUCUUCGUAAAACAAAAGAAAUCAAGUCUCUCCUUGAAAAGCUUGCUGUUCUGCAAUCCCUUCUUGAGCAAUCUGAGGAGAAACUGGGUGUUAGCCAGGCGGCGGGUAUGGAGCAUCUGACAGCCAAAGUUAGAGAUAUAGCAUUCAAAGCGGAAGAAGAUAUUGAAUCUCAAGUCAUAGAGAUUGUUUGCGCUGAGAAAAAAUCAAAUCUUCUACUUGCAAAACUACUGUAUGAUAUGUUUCAAUGUGUUGCAGAGAUCGUUUGUGCACGGGAAAAGACAAGUCCUUAUGCAAGACUGUAUGAUAUGUUUCAAAGUGUUGCAGAUGAGAUUGAAGAGUGCAUUAAGAAAUUAGAGUUGGAUACUCCUCUAACUGUCCGUGAGAACAUCAAUCUUGCUGGUUCACCCGACCGCCGACAUACUUUAGAAUUAGAGCCUGAUGAGGAGGAUUUAAUAAUGGUUGGGCGUGCUAAGGAGUUGACCCAGAUUAGGGAGAUGCUCCUUCAACGCUCAUCAUCAUCAUAUCAGGAACAGCGGCAAGUUAUGUCCGUUGUUGGCAUGGGAGGUAUUGGUAAAACAACUUUUGCCACUAGUAUAUAUAAUGAUCCCUCAAUUCAAAAUCAUUUUGACCUUCUUGGUUGGACAACCGUGUCCAAGGAUCAUAGUCUGAGAAAAGUUCUCUGUGAUCUCUGCCGUUCUGUAAUGCAAAUGCCAGAAGAUGAAAUUCUCAUGGCGAGUGACGCUGAUCUUGCAAAAAGACUACGACAGCGUUUAAUUGGACAUAGGUAUCUCAUUGUUGUGGAUGACAUAUGGAGUACUAAGGCCUGGGAUGAUGUGCAAAGAUGUUUUCCAGAAGAUUUGAAUGGGAGUCGGAUAUUGUUGACCACUAGACUCAAAGAGGUAGUGGAUUACACUGGAUCCUCAGGUAAGUAUGUGCUUAACUUGCCUUUUCUAAAUUCAGAUGAAAGCUGGAAAUUGUUUUAUGAAAAGGUGUGUAGUGAGGAGGAGGAAAGGUUGCCUUUAGAGCUGGAAGAAGUUGGGAAACGCAUUGUUCGUAAAUGUAAUGGAUUGCCACUUGCCCUUGUUGUAGUUGCAGGGCUUCUAUCCAAAACCAAUAAGUCACUAGAAAAAUGGGAAAGCAUUGCAUCAAUGAUAAUAAAUCUACAAGUGACUUCAGAUUUUCAUGAGCAAUGCUCAAACAUACUCACUUUCAGCUACAACAACUUGCCUUAUCCCUUAAAAGCUUGUUUUUUAUAUUUUGGAGUUUUUCCGGAAGACAGUGAAAUCUUAAUCAAGGAUCUUAUUAGACUUUGGAUUGCAGAGGGUUUCAUUAAGGUAGACAGUAGCCAAAGAAACUUGGAAGAGCUGGUUGCUAAAGAUUACUUACAAGAUCUAAUUGACAGAAAUCUAGUACUUAUUUGUAAGCAAAGUUGGGGUGGCAAUAUGAAGACAUGUAGAAUACAUGAUUUGCUUUAUGACUUGUGCCUGAGAGAAACUAAAAACCACAUGCUCGUGUCCACUAUCCAAUCAGAUUGUUCUUUAUCAGCAAAUUCUGGUCGUUGUUUCAAGAUGCUGAGGGUACUAGACCUAAGAUCAAUUGCCUUCAAUUAUGUUCCUCAGUUUGACAUAACAGACCUAAUUCUUCUGAGAUACCUAGGUUUGGAUUCCAUAAAAUUUAUCAAGGUAAUAGAACAUCGUUCCAACCUUCAAACUUUAAUUGUGAAUCGCGGGCGUAGUCGCAACAUGGAUGAUGCCGCAAGUGAAUGGUUGCUGGGAAUCUGGAAGUCACAAAAAUUGAGUGCACAGCAGAAUUCUUUUGGAGGACUCCAAAUGUUAAAAGCUUGGGGAUUCGUUGUGGGUUUAAUGAUUGGCAGUGCAUCGGUGUCAAGUGGUGGGAUAAUCUUCAUUAUUUAA